ACCACAAUGACCACUGCAGGCACGCUAGCCUUUCGGGGCACUUUCUUUCACACACCCACGUACGGGCAGGUUGAGGCGCUGCGCGACACUGUGGUCGUUGUGCAACAUGGAAGGAUUGCGCGGAUAGCAGAAGGCAACAAGGAAAUUGCUCUUGUACACGAGUUUGGGCUUAGCGAAGUUCGUCGACUUAAGGAUACUCAGUUCUUCAUCCCGGGCUUCAUUGACACCCAUGUGCACGCACCCCAGUACAAGUUCACGGGCACGGGAACAGAUGUUCCGCUUAUGGAAUGGCUCAAGAAGUACACGUUCAAGGCCGAGGGCUCCUAUAGAGACUUAGACGCGGCCCAUCAUCGCUACUCGCUGCUGCUCAAGCGCUUCUUGGCGAACGGCACCACCACCGCCAUGUAUUACGGGUCACUUCACUUAGAGCCUACUGUUGUGCUUGUGGAUGCUAUAGAACGGCUGGGCCAGCGAGCGGUGGUUGGCAAGGUGAACAUGGACCGCCACUCCCCCUCCGACUACAUCGAGUCCACGUCCGAGGGUCUGCGCGACGCGGAAGCCUUCAUCCGCUACACGCUACACAAGAAGUGUUCGCGCAUCCAGCCAUGCAUCACGCCCAGGUUCAUUCCCACCUGCACGCCAGAGCUCAUGAAAGGCCUUGCCUCCCUGGCUCGGCAGUACGGCACGCACAUCCAGUCCCACAUCUCCGAGUGCUGCGGCGAGGUCAACUGCGUGCGCGAGCUGCACCCCGAGUUCGCCUCCGACACGGCGCUGUUCGAGCAGGCGGGGCUGCUCACGCCCCGCACCGUCAUGGCGCACGGCACGCUGCUGUCGGACCAGGACCUGCGACACCUGGCAAGCAGGGGAACGGCGGUUAGCCACUGCCCGCUGUCGAACUUCUUCUUCGGAGAUGCCUGUUUCCGGGUCAACCACGCGCUGUCGCUAGGCGUCAAGGUGGGUCUGGGCACUGACGUGGCUGGCGGCAUCUCCCCCUCCAUGCUGACCGCCCAGCGCAUGGCCGUGGUCAACAGCCGCUGCCUGCGCGCGCACAAGCUGGCGCAGUCGGGCGGCACCACCGUCACCGCGGACAUGGAGGUGGACGUGCUGGGCUGGAGGGAGGCGCUGUGGCUGGCGACGGUGGGGGGAGCGCAGGCUCUGGACCUGUCUCACGCGGUGGGUACCUUUGCGGAGGGCAAGGAGUUCGACGCGUUGCUGGUUGACACGGGGCUGGGCGGCACCUGCGGCCCCUUCGACGUCUUCCCGGACGAGUCGGACGAGCAGCGGCUGGAGAAGUUCCUGCAGCUGGGCGACGACCGCAACCUGGCAGAGGUGUUCGUGCAGGGCGUGUGCGUGAAGCGGGGACACGUGUUCGAGCGGGAGGCGGCGGCGGAGGGGCAGCGGGCGGUGGAGGCAGGCAAGCAGGGGGCGGGGGAUGCGGAGGCAGCAGCGGAAGAGGAGGAGGAGCGGCGCAUGCGUGCUCCCACCCCCACGGAGCCCGAGGCAGCGUUGGUGGACCUCAAAGCGGCGACACCGACGGUACCGUCAAUAGCACCCGCAGCAUCCUCUGCAUCGAUAGCUCAGCUAGCAGCAACGGUGCCUGCAGCCGCAGGAGAAGAGGAGGGAGCAGAGGGUGGGGAGGAAGGCCAGGAGGGAUUGCAGGAACUGCGGGCUGGUGAGGCGGAGGCUGUGAAUGCAUCUGAGGUAGAGCCCCCGGUAACAAAGCGCCCGAGGCUCUAGCUGCUUGCUUGGGGCCUAGAGUCUUUGCAGGUGCCGAACAAUGCGGGUGGCGUACAACCGCGCAGGCUGGUGUUGUCUCUGCAUGUGCCGCGCGUGUCUUGCACCGCUACUGAUGUGGACCUGGGGAUUUGUGCCUGUGUAGUGCAUGAAGCAGGAUGAGUGGCGGCUGCAUGGUGGUGGUGGUGGGGUUGCCUCCGUACUGGCCGACUUAGUUGUUCACUAAUAACUACUUACUUUGACAGAUGUGUUUUUUGUUAGACGGACGCUGAUGGUCAGUUGCGAGCGCGUCUGUUGUAGAAUCAGGCAUGUGAGUGGGGCGGUGAGGCUGACAUGGGUGUUGUCCGCAAAUUAACUAAACCCCACAGCGCGGAUUAUUAGUACCUGAACCCUAGUGACGGUGGGCAGCCCUUUGCUUGAAUAGGCGCCUGCUGACACGGGGGUCUGACGCGGUAUACUUGAGCCCCUGUCGUGUGGGGUAUGCUGCGACCUGGCGGGCGUUGGUGCCAAGGCUGUUAGUUGUAGCUGUAUGUACGACUUGGGUGGUUGGGAGGAACGACUAUGUACCUUCGUGCAUUUCAAGCAUACUAACUUCUAAGUUCAUGGAAGCACAUCUUUCUUUUCCCGUCUUUGUUAUCUUUCUUUUGCCGUUUCUUUGCCGUCUUUAAGUGAGCUGAUUUGUAGCAUGAUCCAUGAUGACGAGCGAGCAGUGUGAUGGCAUUUCCUGGAAUGACUCGAGGGAAGGUGGUUGCAUCUUUGGGGACCGACGUACGUGUGGAACUGGCAAGUCCAUGUGCCGUCGCUUUCGGUGCGUGGUGGUUAAGGCGGAGUCAUUGUCCAAGCCAGGUAGUCGAAGCCGUGCAUCCUGACGUAGUGUGUUCUUUGGGUCUGUUGGCUACGUUGCUUCUUUGGCGCUCGCUGUCAAGGAUACACCGUUAUGCGUGUUGACUGCUGAGACGUUGUGCUGCCCCUCCUGACGUGCGGAGAUGGAGUGGAGUUGUUGAUGUGCAUGUGCAUGUGCAUGGCGAUGCUUGGAUGCAAGCGUGACAUGUGUACGAUUUGCCGUACGGCCAUUGUACGGAUGCUUUCUUUGCUCAGCGACCGUCCAAGCAUGGCUUAGCUUGAGCCUCUCGUCCUCCUCCUCAUCCAACGGCGACCUUCGCUGCAUACUUGGUAACAUAUGACUGCUGCUAAA